AUGGAUUUAAACUACACACUUCGGAAGAUCCGCCAGAACGAAGGCGCCGUGGAUCGCUGGAAAACCUGCAGCGUUCUGAUCAUCGACGAGAUCUCCAUGCUGGACGGUCGUCUCUUCGACACAUUGGAGUACACAGCGCGCGUGCUUCGCUGCAACGAUCUGCCGUUCGGAGGCAUCCAAGUGGUUCUCUGCGGCGAUUUCUUCCAGCUCCCUCCGGUGGGACUGGGACGAAACGGCGUGAUCUUCUGCUUUGAGGCGCGGUGGUGGAACGCGGUUGUGGAGCACACAAUGAUCAUGCGGAAGGUGUUUCGGCAGAAGGAUCCAGCGCUGCAGGCGCUUCUGCGCGAGGUUCGAUAUGUUGGGGAGGGAGAACGAGUACAAAGUCGGAUUUCGUCUCUUUUUUCAUUCAGACUCUUCGCUUUCAAUCGCAACGUCGACGAUUACAACCAGCAGCAGCUCGACGCUCUGCCCGCGCCUCCUACCGAAUACGUAUGCAUCGAUUCGGGCGACGACGAAGGCGCCUGCUACCAGCUGCGCAAGAGCUGCCAAGCGCCUUCUCGCCUGGUGCUGAAGCGCGGCGCGCAAGUCAUGCUGGUGAAGAACCUUUCCGUAGGCGAAGGCCUGGUGAACGGAUGUCGCGGCGUGGUGACUUCGUUCAAGUCCAGCGGGCAGGACAAGCCGCGUCUGCCCGUCGUGACCUUCGCGACGCCGCUGGGCGAGCUGGUGAAGACGGUGGAGAUGCAGGAGUUCUCGCUAGAAUCGGGCGGACACGUCGUGGCAACGCGGAAGCAGCUGCCAUUGAAGCUGGCAUGGGGGAUCUCGAUCCACAAAUCGCAAGGCAUGACGAUCGAUCUGCUGGAAGUGGAUUUGACGGGCGUGUUCGAAGCGGGGAUGACGUACGUGGCGCUGAGUCGAGGCGUGCGGUCGGACCGGAUGUGUGUGAAGGGGUUUCGAGAGAGCGAGGUGAAGACGAAUAAGAAGUGGGGGAGAGAGAAGGGUGGCAUGUAG